AUGUCAGGCGCCUUUCAACACCCAACAACACCCUCAUUGACAUCCAGGCAUGACUACUCUAUCCACGAGAAUACUGCUUCAACUUCAACACAACAACAACGGCGUCAAUCAGUGAGCAGCCUUUGCUCUGAUCUCAGUGAAACAAGUCGCAACAUUAUCAUCAAUGACCAGUGGCUCGUCCUCGGCAAAAUAGGACAAGGCUCGUUUGGUGAAGUCUUUGAAGUUCGAGACAUCCAUACUGGAAAAGCUUUUGCACUCAAGCGAGAGCCACAGACAAUGCGCCAUCCACAGCUUGAAAAGGAGAGCAAGUAUUAUGCAGAGUUGGAAGGAGGAGUGGGUAUCCCAAAAUGUUAUUGGUAUGGCGAGUAUGAUGGAUUCAAUUGCAUGGUAAUGGAUCUAUUGGGCCCAAGUCUCAAGGAGCUGCGUCAAAGUGUCAAGGACAUUCGAUUGGAUGCCGUUGUGGAUCUGGGCUGUCAAAUGGUGGAUAUUCUUCAGCAUGUGCAUGACAAUGGCCUGGUGUUCCGAGAUAUGAAACCUGACAACUUUUUGUUCGAUGCAUCCUGCCAGUUGCCCAAGGUUGAAAUGGUGCGCAUUGAUUCUGAAAUGCCCCACUAUGAGUACAGUGUGCCAACCUGCCAGAGCGUCUUUCAGCAAUGGGGCCAGCAAUAUCCAAAGCUUUAUAUUGUUGAUUUUGGCCUGACGACGUAUUGGCGUGACAUAGAAACCGGCAAACCACAUCCUGAAGGCAAAAGGAGGAUAAAGAACAAGAUCGGCACAGCACGCUAUGCAUCGUUGAAUGUUCAUCAUGGAAGGUUACAUACACGACGAGAUGAUUUGGAAGGGUUGGCCUAUAUCAUUUUGGAUAUGGUUCUUGGAUCAUUGCCUUGGUCGGGUAUCUCAGCACGCAAUUCGAAGGCUGGUUGGGACAAGAUGCGUACAUUGAAACGAGACACCUUUAUGAGCGACCUUUGUGCUGGAAGACCUGUGGGUUUAGUUGAAUUUGCAGAGUACACCAAAUCGCUCAAGUUUGCUGAGAAUCCUGAUUACGAUCACAUGAAGCGUCUUUUACGAGGCACUUUGCCUGGUGGAGAAUAUUCACAACCUGCGAGAUCUCCUUUUGGUGGUGGAACAACAUCUCAGGAUCUUGUUGGUGAAUAUGCGAAAGAGAGCAAGGACAAAGACGCAGCAUCAGCCAAAGUAUCAGCAGAAGCAGAAUCAAAAGUCGACAGCAAUACACCAAUCAUCAAUGAAUAUCAGGAUUCAGGAUCAUCAUCAACAUCUGAAAAGGCCAAAUGGAAAAUGAUGAGCAAAGAAAAGAAAGUGGGAUGGAAUACGUACAAGCAUGACCUUGAGCCGUGGAACCCUGAGAUUGAUUGGAACACUGGAAAUCAAAACACAAUGACAGCAUCGUGGGGUGAAGAUCAACCCAAUAUGGCUUGGGGCAAUAAUGAUGCACCGCACAAGGAUACUUCAGGAUGGGGAAACAGCGAUCAUUCUACUUCAACAGGAGGAGGGUGGGGUACACCAUCUCAAGAUGGGUGGGGUACCACAUCAAAUACACAACAACAUCAAAAGGAUACUUCAGGAUGGGGAAACAAUGACCACUCUACUUCAACAGGAGGAGGAUGGGGUGCUGCACCAAAUACACAACAACAGCAAAAGGAUACUUCAGGAUGGGGAAACAACGACCAUUCUAGUUCAACAGGAGGAGGAUGGGGUGCAACAUCAAAUACACAACAACAACAACAACAACAAAACCAAGGAUUUCCAGCUGCAUCAGCCGAGUGGCAAACAGUGGGACAGCAGAACAAAGAAAGCAAUUGGCGAUCAAAUCGACGUGCAGAAUCGUAUACUUGGGAUAGCCGACAAAAGCAUGUAAAGCCAACACCUAGAAAAACAGCCACUGCAACCACAAACAAUCAACGAGCACGUGAGCAAACAGGAUGGAGCACUACCGAUUUUGGUGGAGGAUGGAGGACAAACACAGGUGGUGAUGGUUGGAUUGUCAAUGAAAAUCGAGAACCAAGAAAGGAUAAUAGACGUACACGAGGCCGUCGGCGACCACAAUGA